AUGCAACUUAUCGAUAACUCAGCCCCUCAUCUAUGCCUUUGGCAACUUUCAAAAACAUAUGGCCCUCUUAUGUCCUUGCAGCUUGGUACUGUGCCAACCCUUGUGGUGUCUUCGGCAAAAAUGGCAAAAGAGAUUAUGAAAACACAUGAUCUCACAUUUUCUAGCAGGCCUACCUCGUAUGGCCCUCAAAAGCUGUCUUAUAAUGCCUCAGAUGUGGUUUUUUCACCAUAUAAUGACUCUUGGAGGGAGAAGAGAAAGAUUUGUACACUCAAUCUCUUUAGUCACAAAAGGGUACAAUCCUUUCGUCCCAUUCGUGAGGAUGAAGUUUGUAGGAUGAUCAAGAAAAUAUCUGAACAGGCUUCUUCAUCCAAGCUCACUAAUUUGAGUGAGAUAGUAAUGUCUCUCGCAUGCAGUAUUAUCUGCAGAGUUGCUUUUGGUAAAAGUUAUGAUGAUGAAGGGUAUGAGAGCAGCAGAUUCCAUGGACUAUUUUACGAAGUUCAGGCCGUGGCGUCAAGCUUUUUCAUCUCAGACUAUUUUCCUUUGUUUGGUUGGGUUGAUAAACUCACCGGAUUGCAUGCUCGGCUAGAGAAAAUCUUUAAGCAAACGGAUAUAUUCUACCAAGAACUCAUUAAUGACCAUCUAGGUCCAAAUAGGGCAAAAUCCGUGGAAGAGGACGUCAUAGACAUAUUACUACAACUGAAAAAGGAUCAAUUAUCUUCCAUACAUCUUAGUUUCGACGAUAUUAAAGCAGUCAUAAUGGUAAUUAUUAAUAUUGUAGUUUCAAACUUAUGCUUUUAA